AUGUCGACACUCAACUCCCACCUCCCAUGGACUACGCUGCCCCUCCUCAUCAACGCCCCAAUGUCCGGUUUCGCAGGCGGCCACCUCGCCGGCGCCGUCUCGCUCGCCGGCGGCCUGGGUUUAAUCGGCGGGGUAAGAGAUAUGCACGAGGUACGACGUGAACUCGAUAUCGCAGCUGAGCUACUGGGCCAGACACGCGGGGCAGAGACGAUGCGGGUGGGCGUGGGUUUUCUGCCGUUUGCGAUGGACAUGGCCGAGGUGCUGGAUGUGGUACGGGAGUACAGGCCUGCGGUUGUGUGGUUGUUUGCGUCCAAGACGCUGGCGGGGUAUAAGGAGUGGGUUGAUGGUGUGCGGGGGGUUUCGCCGGAGAGUCAGGUGUGGGUGCAGCUGGGGAGCGUAGCGGCGGCGUUGGAAGUUGCGAGGGGGGCGAGGCCGGAUGUGCUUUGUUUGCAAGGUGCGGAUGCAGGGGGCCAUGGGUUUGAGAAGGGUGCUUCGAUUGUUUCGCUGCUGCCUGAGGCCGCAGAUGCGUUGGCUGCGGCGGGAUUUGCGGAUAUUGCGCUCGUGACGUCCGGGGGGAUUGUGGAUGGAAGGGGGGUUGCAGCUGCGCUGGCGCUGGGGGCGCAGGGCGUGGUGAUGGGGACGAGGUUUUUGGCGUCGAGCGAGGUCAAGAUACAUCCGAAGUAUCAGGCUGCGAUUUUGGAAGCACAGGACGGUGGACAGGUGACUACGCGGUCGAAGUUGUUUGAUCAGUUGCGGGGUCCGAAUAUCUGGCCUGAGCUGUAUGAUGGACGAGGCUUGGUUGCGCAGAGUCAUAGGGAUUUCGCGAGCGGGAUGAGUCUGGAGGAGAUCCAGAAGUUGCAUAAUCAAGAGGCUGCAGGCGAAGACAAAGGAUACGACACAGGACUGCAAGGCCGUGCGGCGAUAUGGGCAGGUACAGGCGUGGGGUUAGUGAAUGAAGUCCAGAGCGCGAGAGAUAUUGUGGAAAAGAUUCGGAAAGAGACAAAGGAUGUCUUGCUUCGAGUAGCAAACGUAAAAUGAGAAGAACUAAGGACGAGCAAGCUAUUGAUGGCAUUUAGUCUCUGAUAGUAAACCAGAACUGUGCACCUGUGCGCCAAU